UCAACCUGCCACACGUGAGCGGCAGGUGAGCACUGGAUACCUCACUCACCCCUCUCAUCCACUCCUCUCUGACUCCCUUUCCCCCUCUGCUCCUAAGCCCUCGCCCUCUCCCUUCCCCCUCCGUCCCUCUCCCCCCCUCACCUUCCCCCGAGGGUGAAGAUGCCAUCCAAUAAGAGGGUGAGCUAUCCGCACUCAACCACGCCUACAUACGGUUCCCUGCUUACUAUUGGUCCAAAGAUUUAACCGGAAUCUUCCCUAUGCCCUCAUUUUAAGUCUUAUGUGCAGGAGAAUAAGGGUGAUGGUUUGCGGUGCCCUGUGCGGCUUCCUACGUCUGUUUGGGCGGGUAGGUAGGGAGGGAAGGGCGGCAUGGUGAAAUGGGCAGUGUAGCGCAGUGUUAUAGGGGCGAGAAUACACGUCUUUCCCGCUGUGAAGAUUCCCCGGGAGUGGUAAAGCCGCAGGGUGUGUGUGUGUGUGUGUAUGUGUGUAUGUGUGUGUGUGUUUCAGCGAACGCUCAAACGCUGAAACGCUCAACAUCGCAUAUACCCACCCAGCCACCCCACCCAGAUACUCCACGCGGCACCCCGGCUGUAAACCCCUCGGCACAACCCCACAGCGCCCUGCAUCCCUUGUCAACCUCACUGGAGCGGGUUGAGGUGCGAUAGCGGAGGUGAGUGGAAGUGCGGUGCCUGGCGUGGGGUGACCCUGAUAAGCUGGGAAGGUGAGGAGGAAGGCAAACGCUCUCAGUUGGUUGGCUGAAGGCGGGCAGAGCGUACGUCUGUCAGCCUCAUUACCUCCCUCCUCCCCCUCCUCUCCUCCUCCUCCUCCUACUCCUCCACCUCGCUCCGUCGCCACUCCGUCACACCCGCCGCGGACAAUACGGAAGCUUGUUAUCCUAGUGCACCUCACACCGCAACCUGAACCUCGCGCUGGAACCUCAGUGAACCCUUUUUGAAUUAAGUGUGUGAGGAGAAGAGGAUUCCUGCCCUACGGAACGCCGCUCUUUGAGUUUAUCGUGGCGUUAAGUUCGGAUUCUGUGUUUGGAUUCUGGUUUCCUCUCCAGACGUAUUUGCAUUCUUAUCUCCCUUGUGAACUCAGGAGAACAUGGAUUGAUUGACACCCUGACACCUUGGCGCCCUGUCACCAUCCCCCUGCUGUCCCUGGCCCUCCUCCCCUCCUCCGCCACCCCAGGCACUCAGGUAACUCGCCUUGACCAUCCUGUAAAAAGUGCGUCUUGUAAUCUAUCAAGCUGCGUGGACAGAAGGAAAGUCACCGCGGAAAACAAACACUGACGUAUAACAGAAAAUCAAGAUGAAGGUGAAUAGGGAAUAGAAACAAGAGAUAAAUAAUUGAUAUAUAUCCCACGUUCUAAGUUUUUAAGGACACGGAAAAGAAAAUAUUAAGAAAAGAAAAACUACAUGAACUAGGAAAAUUUUGAAGUGUUAUGGAAUCGUCAAGAUCUAGAACUCAGAACACGGUUGCCUCUCUUCCGAGGACGGCGCUCAUUUAGAAGCCCCAGCAAGACCGAGACAGACCCCCCGGUGCUGCUGCUACAGGCUCUGGUGGUGCUGUUGCUGAGGGUGCUGGCGUUACUGCUGCUGCUGCUCCUGCUGUUCCUGCUGCUGCUCCUGCCAGAGGGGAGUCGCCAAAGUCAAGAACGUGAAGGAAACAAGAUAAUCUCAUAUUUAUCAAGAUGAACCAGCUGUGCAAGGUGUGUGGAGAGCCCGCUGCUGGCUUCCACUUCGGGGCCUUCACCUGUGAGGGAUGCAAGUCGUUCUUCGGCCGCACGUACAACAAUCUGUCACAAGUGCACGAGUGUAAGAACGGCGGGCAGUGCGUGAUCAACAAGCAGAACAGAACCUCGUGCAAGGCGUGCAGGCUCCGGAAGUGCCUCAUGGUGGGCAUGUCCAAGAGCGGCUCAAGGUACGGCCGCCGCUCCAACUGGUUCAAGAUCCACUGCCUGCUGCAGGAACAGGCGUCCCAGCUCUCCAAGGGGCUGGAGGGGGGCGGGGGAGGGGGUGGCGGGCCAGGGGGACACCUGCCGGGGGGGCUGGCGGGGUCUCUCUCCCUGUCCCCCGCCUCCAUGCCCGCCCUGUCGCCCUCCAAGUCAGAGGACGAGGGCAAGAUGGACUCACCGCUCAUGUCCUCGCCGGAGAGCUGCGCGUCCGAGGGCAGCGUGGAGGUGGAGCUGUGCAAGGUGUCCGGCAAGGAGGAGGGCGGCGGGGGGCGGCGGGAGGCGGCGGCGGCGGCGGCGGCAGGCUUGUCUCUGUACGGCCUGCACCCCGGCCUGUCCCUGCUGCACGCCUCCCACCUCUACUCCCGCCUCUACCCCUCCCUGCCCCUCUACCCAGGCCUCGCCCCCUCCCUCCUCGUGCCCCCCGUGCCCCGCCCCCACCCGCCACAGAGCCCCCCCAAGGACCGCCCCUCCUCCAGCAGUCCCCGCGGCCCCGCCUCGCCAACCCGCCCCAUGUUUGAGUACCCGCCACCACUCGCCCCGCCCCCCCUCGGCCUGCCCCCCUUUGCCCUCCCCCUCGGCUUCCCCUGCCCCAGGAAACGGGUGGCUGACUCUCCCCUGGGUGAAGGCCCGCACGCCCUCAGCCCCCGGGUGUGGGAGGCCGCCCCCGCCCCAGAGCAGGACGCCCCCAUGGACCUGAGCGUCAAGCGGCAACGCCUCCUGCCCCCCCUGGCCUCCUCCACCCCCGUGUCGCCCCCAGUCUCCCCGCCCACCGUCACUAAAACGCCCCCCACCCCCGUGGACCUCACCACCAAGGCGUGAGGACCCCGCCCCCCAUGGUACAAACUGCCCCUUCCUCACCCCUCCCCCCAUUCAAGUGCCCCUUCCUGCCCCACCCAUCCCUGCCUCGCCUCCACCCUCUCGUGUUUCCAGUCUCCUCCUAUUACUCCUCCUCCUCCUCUUCCUCCUCCUCCCAUCCCUCUCAUAUUUCUCUCUCAUCCCUCCAUUUCCUCAGCAUUACUCUUCCUUCUCCCUCUUGCUCCUCCCUUCUUCAAUAGUCCCUAUUCCUUGCCACUCCUCCUCCUCCUCCUCCUCCUCCUCUUCACCUGAGGACACAAUCAAUCAAGAGGUGUGACAAUACCUACAUUUUUUACCUGUCUCCACCUCACCUCAACAGCUCCACACCUCCUCCACACCUCCACCUAUCCACACUUGUACUGUUAUCCUCCCUUACUUGUCCCGAGUUUCCGGUAGCCACCACAUUUGUCCAUCUGUCUAUACCUUUUUAUCGCACCUGUCUAUUUUGUUACCUGUCCUCCUCCUCCUCCUCUUCCUCCUCCUCCUCCUCCUCCUUCUCCCCUUUAUCAGCUCCCAGUUCCUCCCUCGCCUCUAUCCCCUCCUCCUUCCCCCCCACAAAUACCCCACCUCCUCCCCGUGCCUCCCCCCUUACCCCCCCCCUGUGCAAGGUGUUCCACGGCCGGGCUGGAGAAAAUGGAGGCCGGGGCGUGGAGAAAACGGGAAUCAACCCAGAAGUGCAAUGGUAAUAGUAAUAAUAAUAAUAAAUAGAGGGAAUAGUAAACACGGAGAUUAGAAAGAAAUACUCGGAAAAAAAAUUGAAGAGGUGGACGUUUGUAAUUCUUAAACGUUUAUAAUGACUAAUUUUGACUUGUUUUCGAGGCUAUUGUCGGCCUUACGUCCUCAAGGCUCACGGUUCUAUAGUCCUUGUAUAUGUUUAUGGUCCUUAUCAACGUGGUUAUUAUUAUUAUUAUUUUUUUCUUUAAAGGUUAUGUAUAGAAAGAAUUUUAUGUUUUAUUUAAGAUUAGAAUAUUAGUUUUUUUUUCUCUCUCUCUCUUUCUCAAUCCUUUGUUCCCGAGUGAUCUGUGUCUGUGUGUACGUACGUGUGUUUGUGUAUUUCUAAGUUUUAUUUGUGUGUAUACGUGUGUGUGUGUGUUUGUUUUAGGGAGUUCUGUGUGUGUAUUUAUAUGUGUGUGCGCGCUGGAGGUGUACAUAGUGUGUGUACAUAGAGAUGAGGCCAGUGUGAUGUCAUGAUAUAGAAAGAUUUAUAUUAUUA